AUGGUGUCCUUCUCCUGCGAGGCUUGCGGAGAUGUCCUCACCAAGAAGAAGCUCGACGCUCAUCACCGCCAGACUCAUACCUCCUGCGUGUCCGAAGACCAAAAAUACCAGGGAACGUUGUACAAAGAGAAGCCGGCGAAAAAGGCCAAGAAGUCGGUCAAGAUAUCAGAGCCUACAUCACACGCCCCGCGCAAAGCCUACGUAGAAGAUGCUCUAGACGAAGAGACAGGCAACGCCGUCUCCAUCGUCAACGCUCCUCCUGCUGCUCCCACCCCACCUUCUGCUAUCCCUUCUACACAGGAUCAACAUAUCAACGUCUUCGACUUCCUCGUCUCGGGCGACACCCCUAAUGCCUCGAAGACUAAUAUUGAAGGUAUGAACGAUUCUAUGAAAAUGGUGGAGCAAUCGCCAUCAAUCCUUGGGAAUGGCCAUCGGGAAGCAGGACUAGGGAUCUACGACGAAGCCUACGACAAACUUGGCUUCACAUACGGUUCUGAGCCAAUACCCGUUGCGAAAGAGAGGUUCAAGGUCGAGUACUUGACCCCGGCACCAAAGUCGGUAUAUAUGCAAAACCCGAGCACGGACUCGGUGUACAAUCUGGAGGAUUCGGAGAGAAGAUCAACGGACAAGAAGCGCAAACGUGUUCACGCCGAAGAGCUAGAAUUCACUGCAGCUCGACGUCCCAGCCGUGAAUCAGACCACAUCAUGGCCGACGCACCACCACCAAUACUACACUCUGGUCUCACAGGCGGUCUCGGCCGCCUGCUUACAAAAUCCAAAUUUCCACCGAGGUCUGAGCUCUCGAAUGGUGGCCGUGACCCACCCAGCCCAGUGAAGCGGACAAUUAAGCCAGCCGCCAAGGAGAAAGAUCGGGGUCGAAAAGCAGAAUCGAUCCUGGUCAAGGUCCGCAAAAGGCGGAGCUCAGACGAGUCUCGACCGCGCAAGCAGCGUCGCUCACAUCACGAGUCAGAUCGACAUAGCCAACACAGCCACCACGAUCGCCCCAAACGCAAAGCGAUCGAAUACCACACCCAAACCGAUCCCGAUGACUCCCAGCAACAGCUCGUACUCUUCAAGACCAGAGCAGAACUGUUCACGUCAUUCGUGACCAAGGGUCCCGAAAGCGAGCAGGGUUAUAGCUUGCACAAGGCGCUGAAAAGGUAUCACCGUGAGAGAGGAGAGGAAGGGUUGGGUCUGGAGAAGGCGGAUGAGGAGAAGGAGCUGUUCAAGGCGCUGAGGCUGAGGAGGAACGACAAGGGGGAGAUUGUGGUUUUCUUCUGA